GUGCGUCAUACAGGUACAUCAUGACCUUUGAACUCACCUGUACGUGUCACUCCCGGAAGUAACUUAAGGCUCACCGAUUUCUCACCUGCGUAUGUUACAAGACUAGUCCAUGAUGUCAGACAGGCCGAUGUCCGACAGCCAUCGGGAUCUCCUCAGGAAGAAGUACGUCCCCCUGUCACGUGACCUGCACCCUAAUCACGUGAUCCCGUACCUGUACCAGGAGGAUGUGCUGACGGAAGAGAUGAAACAGAGGCUGGACGCCAUUCCUGACGAGAUGAGGAAAAAAAAGUCCAGGCUACUUCUGGACAUGUUACCAUCUCGGGGAGACAAGGCCUUCGACAUCUUUAAGACGGCAUUGGACGAGGGUGGUUUCCCUUUCCUGGCCAAGCUUCUCGACGAGCCUGCACCACCGGAACCACCAGAUACCACAGAAGUUCCCGAGUCAGCGGUCACACCUGAAGACGUUCCUGACGGCCCUCUAAAGUGGCUCCGUCUUAAACUACAACCCUACAAAAGUUCCCCUUCUGCCAGGAAGAUGAUAAAGGGUUGUGAAGCCAUGGAGUCAGGGGCAGAGAUCCUCAUCAACAGCGAGUACACAGAACCGGACGGUGUGGUGAAGAUAGUUGAGGGGUUCAUGAUUGAAGAGCGUCUCAAUCAUCGUAAUUUUAGGCGCUUUCUCUUCGAUUCUGACCGCCUGAAUUUAGAUCAGGAACGCUUGAGUACGCUUUUAUCCAGCCAGCAAGAACAGAGCCCUGCCUACAGUUCCUGCUUGCUCCUCCAGACGGCGCCCCUGCCCGUAGAUGAGAACCGAGCUACAUCGAUGAGGAAGGUCGUGGAAGUCAUCCUGAAGAAAGGAGAGGAGGACCCUCUUCACAAGUACCUGCACCACGUCUACUGCAUGCUGGGUGGCACGAUUCUCGAGAUGAACUAUGACGACCCCUCUCCUGCCUUACCGGCCUGCACCAGCGCUCUGACGUACAAGCCAGACUACGCCUUAGCCGUACACCUGGCGGCAGAGUGCUCCAUGGUUCUCUCCCCGCCCGACGCGAUAGAACAGUUCCACCGGUACCUACAGCUCGCCCCACCGUGUGACAAGCGGGUCCACUGGGCGCACUACUUCCUGGCCAUCCUCUACAGUCGGCAGUCCGAGCCAGAUGGGGCGGAGGAACACUACCGACUUGCCAUGGAGAAGGAGAAAAAUCUGCUCCCCACGUUCAAAGUUGGGUGGGCAAAGGAGAAAGCACAAGAAGUGUUUCCAGAGGUGUCAACCCCGUGAACGGUGCCGAAUCGAUAUGACUUUAAUGACUGAAAUAAAGUGUCUUUAGUUUGUGGUGCUGCUUCAUAGAUUAUCAAGUUUGACUUGGAAAGUACGACUGUCAAUCAAUGCCAAUACUAAAGAAAUUGCUAUUUUAGAGGCAAAAUGAGAUUGAAAGGGACGUUUGUCAUUCAGAAAAUAGUUUUCAACCGAUCUAAGUUAGUUUUGGCUUGAUUACUCCCAGAUUUGGUGCAUACCUUUUAAUCGAGAGAGUGUUAUUGCCAUCAACUUUAGAACAUUGUUUUGAGUUUAGCUGCAGUGUAUUGAUUUUUGUAUAAACCUUACGUAUGAUAUGUUAUAUAUACAUAACGUUGCAAAAGCUUAUUGUUGCCGGUAUAUAUUUCGAACCAAUGUUGCUCAGAAAUUCAAGCUGCUGUUACUGGCGUCUCUAGAUUUUCAUGUUCAACAGUUCGCAUUUAUUUAUUGAGGCAAAGUGCUUAAUAAAACCCUCUCCUAAAAAUGUGAAUACAAAUAUGAAACAGUUGUACAUGUAAUUCAACAUGUAAUUCAACACAAAAUGGAUAGUGGAAAACAAUCAUGAAGAAACAAAUAAGGAGUCAAGUUUGUAUCCAAUAUAAAUCACAAAUACCUAUCUGCAAAAUCAGUGCGUAUACGUAUGAUACAAAGAAAUAAAUUUCUAAGUAUGUCGAUUGUUUUAUUCUAUUAUUGUUAUUGUUGUUAAAGGUAACACCAAUAUUCCAUCCAUUGACUGAUAUAUUGGAGUACUUAACUGUGGCACAACUGUUAAUCCAUCAGUUCUUUUUCACAUGAUUUGCAAUUGGGACA